UGAAAGGCAAAGUAACCCCGUGUUCGAUGCUCACGCCUGGCUUUCAUCGGAGAGGAGAGAUUCGCGAGAGUCGCGACAGCAGAAAUAUAACAACGGAGCUUUCGAGGGCUCUCCUUUGAAUAUAGAAACUGUGCAAUAGGUGGCGGCGGGUCUCUCGUCUAACGAUGCUACUCAUCAUCUACGCAUUCAUCGGGGCGUUAUUGCUCGUGGUGACUGCAUUUCUGGCGGCGCACGUGGCCCGGUACAAGACUUGGAAAUACGUGAAGCACAUGCCGGGGCCUGACGAGACGAUCCCGAUGCGCACUGUGCUCCAGGUGCAGCUUAAGGCGUCGGCGAUGAAAGACGUGCUACCUCCAACUGUUGUGUACAUGCAAUCACGUUUCGCGCUAACGUUGAAGCAUCAAAAGGAAGGGUUCUUCGCCUUUUACCUUGGCAUGAGACCAUGCAUCACAGUAUACAAGGCAGAGUAUGUCGAGACAUUCUUGACUAAUCGCAACACACAAUCAAAGUCUUUUCAUUACGGGCUCCUUCAUCCGUGGCUGGGAACUGGACUUUUGACGAGCGCGGGACCAAAAUGGAAAAGCCGCAGACGAAUGUUGACACCGGCUUUCCACUUCAAGAUUCUUGAGGACUUUGUAGCGCCGAUGAAUAAGAUGGCCAGGCGCACAGCCGCCCGAAUCGAUGACCAAUUCAAGGAUACCUGGAUCGACGCUGUACCUAUGGCAGCUGCAUGCGCCUUGGAUGUCUUGCUCGAUACCAUAAUGGGUGUCUCGAACUCUAAGAUCGACAGCGAAUGUCAGCGCUACGUGCAAAACGUGAAAUUUGUGGCGGAGCGAAUAAUAAAAAGGUCGCAGGCUCCGUGGCUUGCACUAGAUUGCCUAUACUACAGAACAGAAGACGGACGACAAUAUCAAAGGAACGUGUCUGAGAUUCACGCCUUCACAAAAAAGGUUAUCUCCAAAAGAAGAGAAGAGAUAAUGAACGAAAUCAACUCGGAAAACAAGGACAAAGAAGCAAGCCCUACAGUUGAAGACGACCUCCACCUGACGACGAGGUCAUCAAAGAGAUUGACUUUCAUUGACAUCCUGCUUCGUUACAGCAUACAGGUCGACUCUUCGUUGACAGACGAUGACAUAAGAGAGGAAGUGGAUACAUUUAUGUUCGAGGGACACGACACAACUGCGAUGGGCAUUGCUUGGUCCCUUUACAUGAUUGCAUUGCACCCGGACGUUCAAGCUAAAAUUCACGAGGAAUUGGAGUGUGUCCUGCAAGGCGACCUAGAUGCUGAUAUAACGUUGGAAGAUUUAAAGGAGCUCAAAUACUUUGACCGCGUGCUCAAGGAAAGCCAACGCCUAUUUCCAUCGGUACCCAUUAUUGGGAGAGCGGCAGCGCAAAAAAUUAAAAUCGGUAAACACAUCGUUCCAGAGGAGAGUGACGUUGACAUCUUCAUAUAUGCUCUACAUAGAGAUCCAAGUGUGUUUCCAGAUCCUGAAGUGUUCGAUCCCGACAGGUUUCUACCAGAAAAUGUUGUACACAGACAUCCGUACGCAUAUGUGCCCUUCUCCGCGGGUCCCAGGAACUGCAUAGGUCAAAAGUACGCUUCGAUGGAAGUUAAGAUCAUCGUCGCUACCCUUCUUCGACGCUUCUUUUUGAAGGCCGUUGAUCGGCGAGACCAACUGAUGCUCACGUGCGAACUUGUGUUGAGGCCAGUGAAUGGACUCAGAGUUGAGUUUACGCCACGGUCACGGGGCAUCUGAUUGGAUUCCUCUGGCCUAGUUCUUGAGUUACCGAGUUACUCUUUCUUGAGUUACGUAGCGGCAACUGUCUCGCGGGUCUUUCCGCUAAGAACUACAAUCGCAGCAAGAUCAUUGAUUAGGAAACAAAGUGGGCAAUGCUGACCUCGCACGCUUGCAACCAUAGGAAUGAAGAUGUUGCCACUUGCUUCGAGAGUGCCCUGGGUAUUGCACUGUUAGUUUUAGACCGAGGGUUGACGGUACGCGUACAGCGUUGGAUGACCGGCCAUGAAUCCCCUAGAAACUCUUAACGUAGAUGGACAUAAUAAAUCUACAAUGAAGUAACAUUCCUUUACAGGCUACAUGGUAACCCAGAACAGCGUAUUCAAGAUAGAGCAAGUACUAGUUAGUUAGUUAGGGAAAACAUUAUUGAGCUCUAGUAAUUAUGUUCUUCUGCGGCUGGGGCGGAUUCUUCAGGGGAGUCUUCCUCCUUGUGUCUUCCCCGGAGGUCUUCACCCGCUGCUUCGUCCGUCCUCUAUCGCAAUGGUCGGCUGCCCUCAGUCCAGGGCUCCGCUGGUUCUGCUGUCCGUCGUGCACGCCGCAAUAAACCAGCGUUUCGCUACAAGACUGUACGGUAGUCAAGGCUGAAGAAGUGGCCGUUGAUCUAGCGGCAGCGGAGGGCUAUCGGAUCGGACAGUCGCUAACAAUACUGUCGGACUCGUAAACAGCCUGCCGCAACUACUUGCAUGGCAGAAUCAGUCUCCGAGGUCUCCACAUACUCUGCUCAGAAAGUGCUAGAAAUAUUGUGAUGGGGAACUGCUUCAGAGGUCAUCAUGGUUUCAUGCGCCACUGUAAGAAAGGACACUUGAACUUCACCCUGAGUUUUUUUGUUACAGUGAAGUGACUCCAAAUAUCAUGCAAUAUCACCCAGACCAUUUUUACCAGACCUGGUGUAUUCAAAAUUGUUACAUUGUUACAAAAGCUCUCUGUUUAUAUGCACAAACUUGUACGCAGCGCAUCAUCGUUUAUUCGUAGAACAAAUGGCUACGUUGUACUGCCUUGAAUCUAGCUGCUAUACUAGGAGUCAUAAAACGCUAUUACCAGCUGCAAAUGGCCAUAGACCAAAGAGAGAUACCAUGCUCCCACGUUUUAAACCAUUUAUUACGAAGGACAGUUCAAUAUACCAUGAUUCACUGAAUAUAAUAGUGUCUUCUCUCUGGGUUUUGUUGUCCGAGCGUUCCUGGAAAAUGGCCCUAUUUGCCAUUUUGGAAUAGGGUUGCGUUUAUAUAAGAUACUUAGAUUUUCGAAGAUUUUAAUGGCGUCAGAUACUCCUUUUCACAUAUAGUUACUACAACAAAAGGCCACAUAAAUGGAGCAUUUGUAUAAAAGGCACCAACGCCUAAACUACACUCACCUAAAUAAAUCGUGCUAUAUGCUGCAGCUCAGUAAAUCCAGCUGACAAAAAAUGGCGCAAGAAGAUCCUUAAAGGUAAAGUUCAGUCACCUUAAUAUACUCUGGACAGAGCGCAAAUGAAAACAGGGAGUAAGGUCGUACGCUAGUGAACUUUCUUUUUCGUCUCAAGUAUCUGGCUAUUUUACUAUACAACCAUACAGUCCGGCCAUCUUGGGCACGUAUUCUUUUGCCUCUUAUGGUGCUGGGCAGUGACUAGCUGUGCAUUUUGUUUCCCAGCAUGUCCUCUGUCAGAGGUGAGCAGGCUGCACCACGUUUGACUAUAGGGCUGACUGCAGGUACUGCCAAGCACCACCCGUGUUAUGCAACCCAAGCCACGGUAUCGGGCUGGGCCGACAUAAUUAUCAUCUCCACUCUGCAGCACUUAUGGCAUUGCUUCGUCGAUAGCUCAAGGCUUGAAACAUGGAGUCAUGGUGGUAUAGACGGUUGCGAGCUCAUUCUGUAAAAUUGCGCUAACCGAAGCAGGAAGCGGGGGGGUGGAAUUAGUAUUAAAUAUAUUUUUGUCCCUGCGUGCUUUAAAACAGAGAGAUGGACUCCAUAACGUAAUCUCACGGCCAUUGCUAGAGCUUUGAGGCGUAAGACGCAUUGCUUUGGGACAAUUGCACUGUAGGAAGUGACUGGCGGCACGGUCCGCAUCGUCAAGUAUGUACUGUCAUGUGGGCUUUCAGCCAAGACUGCAAUUACGCUACGAGCACUUACUUUGCGAACACAUUCAAUUCCCUUUGCCAUAGUUAUUAAUGCGUGUGCGUGGAUGCGUGUGCGUGUGUGUGUGCAUGUCACAACUACGGUCGUUCAGCGGGCGCGCCAGCUGGCACCGAAUGAGCAAUAUCGCCAACCCUUUUCUUUUCUACAUGCAGUUCAGUAACAAAUUAUGUACUGUUAAAACAAAUGGCUCCCGCUUAAUUAAGCUCACGCGCCCUCGUAGCUGUUAUAUGUGCUUUUUUGCCGCUAAAGAUUUCUUCUAUUCCUCCUGCAUAUCCAGCUUUUCUGGACACGUAGCAACUAGCGCCCCAAGCGGCCGUGGCACGUAGCUAGCGCGUUUACAAUGUAAAGAGCGGGUUUUUCGCGAAUAAUGAAAGCUGCGGGUCGAAUAUUAAAAAGGACAGGUGACAGAUAGAAGACAAUCCACAUGAGACAAAUGAAGUGAUCGCGCUGAGGGAAGCUAGAAUUUUGUUUCCAGAGCGGGUAAAUAUUCAGCAAUGGAAGCCUAUGGAAACGACGUAAAUUUGUGCUAGGUUUAUUAACUUGGCAUUUACCUUAAGUUUAGACUGUACAUAUAUGAAUCGAGAGCAAAUCUUACAGCUAUGGA